AACAACACUUGUCUCUGAACGAUAUGUUGUGGUAGAAUCAUAAGCUGAGCUCUUCUGCUGAGUUCCCUGCGUAAGCUCUGGUCGCCAUUUUCUGCGAUCAAGUGUGUUCUUCGAUUCGAUUGAAUGGCAAAAGCCCUUUGAUAUUCUUUGCAAAUAUUGGAAAGCAUUUUCUAAUGUUCUUAUGAAUAAUUGGACAAAGCAUUAUGGCUUGUUUAACAACUUUGAAACAAGAAAUCAGAGUACUGGAGAAUGCUUUCCCAAAGUCAGAUCAGCUUUUUCAAGUCGUAGCUGCAAGUGUUGAUGAACUUACAUGUCGAUUUGUUUCCAAAUGUGGCAAAAAGUAUGAUAUCCACGCAAAUAUUACGGAGACCUACCCACACUCUCCUCCCGUCUGGUUUUCUGAGACAGAAGAUGCCAUCAUCACAAAUUCUAUAGAAAGACUGAGCAACACCACAGGACGGGAUAAUCAUGUGGUGCAGCAGGUCAAGUUGUUAUUACAGGAACUGUGUUCGUCAUUUGGUAUGCACGAUCCUCCUGAUCUGGAGCAGAAACUGAGCUUCAAUGCCCUACCGCCUCCCUCUCCCUCCGCUGGAUCAGUCGCACCCGACUCCAAACAUCCGCCGAUGGAAGACUAUGAAGACUCGGAGAUGGAGGAAGAAGAGGAAGACAUGGAAGAAGAUAUUCAGCUCGACAUGGACGACACUACAAACAGUCCUAACCUGCAAAAAGAUGAUGGAAUAGAUCCCACGAACCUGGCGACUUUAGUGCGGUUGAAGGCGAACCAGCGGCAAGACUACCUCAGGGGCUCCAUCUCUGGCACUGUCCAGGCCACCGACCGCCUCAUGAAGGAACUCAGGGACAUUUAUAAGAGUGACGCCUUCAAAGCAGGCGUGUACAGCGUAGAUCUCAUCAACGAUAGCCUCUACGAGUGGAACGUGAAGCUGCAAGUUGUUGAUUCAGACUCGCCUCUCUACAAUGAUAUGGUGCAGCUUAAAGAAAAAGAAGGCCUCGAUCAUAUCCUCUUCAAUUUUCAUUUUAAGGAGUUAUUCCCGUUCGAGCCUCCGUUCGUGCGCGUCGUGGCCCCAGUAAUCUCGGGUGGCUACGUGCUGGUGGGCGGCGCCAUUUGUAUGGAGCUGCUCACGAAGCAGGGCUGGAGUUCUGCGUAUACCAUCGAGGCUGUCAUCAUGCAGAUCGCGGCUACGCUCGUUAAAGGGAAAGCCAGGAUACAAUUUGGUGCUAACAAAGUAGGCAAGGGCCAAUACAGCCUGGCAAGGGCACAGCAAUCCUUUAAAUCUCUAGUACAGAUCCAUGAAAAGAAUGGAUGGUUCACACCUCCCAAGGAAGACGGGUAAUGUUCCAUGGAGUUAUGUCACCUAAACGUAGCCCUUGCAUCGCAUCACUCACACUUCGUUAUCGUCCGCAUGGCUCCCGUCUUUUUUUCACCUGAGAUCAUCAAAUGGUAGCCCUUCAACAGUCAUAUUGGACGCUCAUUCGUUGCCCUUCAACCGCCGUUAGUUAAACGCACGCACAUUCGUCAACCUUGAACAUUAAUUUUUAUAAUGCUGUGAACAUUCUGCAUCGGGCGUUAUUUGGAUGCUCCAUACAUCGUUCUGCAACAGGCGUUAUUUGGACGCUCCAUACGUCAUUCUGCAACAGCCGUUAUUUGGAUGCUCCAUACGUCAUUCUACAACAGGCGUUAUUUGGACGCUCCAUAUGUCAUUCUGCAACAGGCGUUAUUUGGAUGCUCCAUAUGUCAUUCUGCAACAGCCGUUAUUUGGAUGCUCCAUACGUCAUUCUGCAACAGCCGUUAUUUGGAUGCUCCAUACGUCAUUCUGCAACAGCCGUUAUUUGGAUGCUCCAUAUGUCAUUCUGCAACAGGCGUUAUUUGGAUGCUCCAUACGUCAUUCUGCAACAGCCGUUAUUUGGAUGCUCCAUACGUCAUUCUGCAACAGGCGUUAUUUGGAUGCUCCAUAUGUCAUUCUGCAACAGGCGUUAUUUAGAAAAAGAUUUUCAGUUUGUUCUGUGUUUAAUUGACGGUAUUUUGUUGAUUAUUUCGGCUUUCUUCAAUACUUGUUAUUUAUUUUAGCACCCUUAUGCUGUUCUCAUUCUCUUUUGCAUAUUUCCAUUGCGUUUCUUCCUUUUUAGCUUUUCUAUUCUGAAUGAAACUUUGCCAUUUCUUUUUAAUUCCCAUUCGUUCAUUGCUCUCUGAACUUAAAAACAAUUACUGGGAAUUCAUCAAAAAUGCCCCAUUGUAUUGUGUAUCACUAUGCGUGCCCUCCACAUGGACUCAGUAGUAGAAAUUUUGAUCGACGUCUUCAAUGAAAUUGUUAUUGUUCGUCUUGACGUUCAUUACUUGACUCGGGUUUGAUUAAUUGUUCUGUUGAAAUCUUCUCUAAAAUCUGAAGGCACAUAUUAAAUUUCUGCAGCGUGAAAGAAACAUUGAAUUUCGGUAUUCAGUCCUAUACUUUACAAUGACAAGAAACUGUUCAUACUUACUAUUUUCGAACUAUAAGCGCCUCUUUUUACAGAUAAUUAGUUAUUUCAGCUAUGCGCAUAUACCUUUAAAUUCAUAAAUAUAUUUAUUAUUCAUGAACUAGAUUGUGCAAGAAGUAAGCAACCCACGAAAAUUGAAAUGGAUUUUUUCAAACUUCAAGAUCCAAUAACUAAUACCUGGCAAUGAUCAUGAGCAAUCAAAUCUCAUAAGUAAAUUUGUUGGAACUACUUUUUUUAAAAUGGUUUACAGGAGCUGCUGAAAAUGGCGAAAUAAAUUUAUCAUAUAAUGAACUAUGAAUUCAUUGGCUACGAUACAUGUUUAUGUGCAAGUGUAAACGUAAUUCACUUUAUUAAACUUAGUUUUUUUUCAAUUUUCCUCGCUGUGAAUCUGGAGUUACGUCACCUAAAAUAUCACGCUACACGAAAAUUACUUUGAGGACAGUCGUGACUAUUUUAAACAUUUGCUGUACUUGGGGUUGAACAUGAAAUAUAUUCCCUCAUUUCGAAUGUUUCUUGAAUGGCUUGAAAGAUUUUCCUUAACUACUAUUUAGUUAUUUACACUGAAAAUACCUGUCUCACCUCAUCAGUUGAAUUUAUCUGUCGUAAAAUUGCCAGAUCUCUUCAAAUAUUAAGAUAACUUUCCUCUGAAGCGCUGGAGAACCUAUUUCUUCUACCGUCAGCUCGGGUAAGAUUGCCACUUGAGUGUAACAUUGACCCAAAGUUAGAAAAAAAGUUUUGCUGUGCUGUAGUGUCAUCAAAUGAUGAGUUAUCGACUAAUUUAGUACGCCACUGGACAGUGGUCACAGAUAAUUUUUUCUGACUCUGGACACUGUAAUAAUUAAGGGCCAAUCUUACCACAGCUGACGGUACCAAUCAAUUCUUAGGUCAGUUCGGGAAGACGUUGCCUGACAGAAAUUUGAUUGACUUGAUCCUAUCUUCUUAGUAUCUGAUUUCUUUAUGUUGAAAUUAAGCUUUGUUAUAAGGACCCGAAACUUUACACGAAAAACUGAUAUUGGUAACUCCGCGAUAUUGUUGCUUGGGCUCUUGCUGUUUUUAAUGGAUUAAAAUUUUUCAACUAGCAUGAAAUUUAACCUGUAAAUUCAUUACAUGAAAAACUUUUUGAUUGACGAAAACGUUUCCCGAAAUAUUGAAACUCGAAUUGUUUGUUGAUUAGCCUUGAACUUGAUGCAACUAAUUGUUACUUUUGUAACUUGAUGCCACUUUCUUGACUGGACUUCAGUAUAGUUGAUCGUUAGAAUGUUUGGAACCGAAAAGUGGUUUUCGGCUGAUGACUCUAAAUAUUGAACAUUUGAGUUUUAAUAUUUUAUGUUUAUUUUUUUACUGCAAUCUUGAUAAUACCGGUAAUAGGCGGGAAACUACGUUUUCGCUAGUAUUUCUUCGUGAUUUAACGACGUUGAAGAACUCUGUUAACGAGACCUUGCCAUCAUCCAACCCUGCUCCACACUUACAUUUUCUGCCUGUACGGCCGGUCUAAUUUUUGUACAAAAUGUUUGCAAUUUCUUGUACCGAGUAUCACAUACUUGUAAUAUUAUUUUUUACAUGCGUUGUAUGUGCUAAGUUGAAGUGGCGUACGAAAGAAGGACGAUAUUGAAUGACUUGAAUUGAAUGCGGUGCUGUGAAAUAUCUCUUGAUCAUCCUCCACCUAUUUUGCAUGUUAACACUCAUUCAUCCAUUGAAUGAUCGCUAAGCAUCACAUUCAUCUAAGCGAAGCCGAAUUUUCAUGAGCGAUCUUUGUCACGUCAGCAUGAGGGCAGAGUUUGUCACGUCAGCGCAACAUGGCUUGAGUCGCAGUGUUUGUUAUCAAGUGUAGCACCGAACUGCGUACGCAAAACGUUAAGAACGUUAUUAAUAAAUGUUAAUAACAUCUUCAGUAUUCGUAUUGCUCUCGUGAAGCAAGUGGUAAUUUUAACCUCAUCUCUAAAGUACCGCGUACAUUACAUCGUUACGAAUGUUGAGCAUCUCGUUGCUGAUAACAAUGCAUCCUAACUUGUGUCUUGGAAUGAUGGUUUUUUUUGGGCACUUGAUUUUUAAUUGAAGUGAGAGUUUGGCUUUGGAACUCGUACGUCUAUUUACUGCUUGAGUUGGUCAAGGUGUGCAUUCUGAUUGACGCGUUGGUCAAGGUCUGCCGACGUAUUGACGCGUUGGUCAAGGUCUGCAGACGUAUUGACUCGUUGGUCAAGGUGUGCAUACGAAUUGACACGUUGGUCAGAUGUUCAAGUUCAAGAGCCACGUGUGCAUUGUACAGGUGCGGUGUACGUACUGAAGAUGAGAGUGCAACGCUGUGACCAUUCCGUGACUCAUCGCAUUCAUUAUAUUGGCGCUAUCCAAUUGUAAUUACCGUAGCGUAAGUUGUUCUUCCUUGGUAAGUUCUCUAGCCUAAACUGUUGCGUUGCAGUCGUCACUUUAUUUGAGUUGCAUUCGUAAUUAAUUGGUGUGUGUAGUUAGUGUAGUGCGCGAACAGCGCUGCAAACCCGAUCCUCGCAAGCUCAACUCUGCAAUUUUCUUUGCUAUUCUUUUCUCAUUCAUUUUGUAUUCGUUAUCAUCGUCGAUUUUCUUUUGUAUUCUCUUGUAUAUUUCCUCGCUAUCUGGUCUCGAAUAUGAUCCAGAUUCGUAUAUCAACAAGCAGUUCAAGCCACAGUACUAUGCAAUUGAAAAAAGUUUUCUACAAAUUAUAAAACGAAUGAUAGUACCCUCUCUGUUCGUUUAUAAGAUUAGAAUUUUUUCGGGCUAAGUGCUGCUAUUGACUAUUUAUUUGUACGUUAUUAUUUCUAAUUAGUUAAUCACGUUCCAGGUUAAUUUCAUUUCCCGAUUGAAGGUGUAAUUUAAUAAAAUAACGUUGCAUUGCUCCGUGAUACUCUAUAUGACUCUAAUUCUGUUUGGUUCUCUUCCGUUUUAUAUUUCGAACGUGAUCGUACUUUUCUGAAUUCCUUGUCAGUGGUUUGAACUUUAAAUUCUUCUAUUUCUCCUCUUAUCUGAACCCGAUGAUAUCCUUUGAAGAACUCGGCUAGCUUGUAAGUGUACAAACUCUAUUCGCUAUAGGUGUUCAGGCCAUGUCAUGGAUUGGCUAGCUUGCUUCCCAAAGCGACAUGUUCUUUCCAGCCGCGAUUUAAAACUUCACUUUUUCUCCGCUUGUAUAUCUCAUUCUAUCUCAUCUCACCCCGCUCAUCAAGUUAUUUUUUUAUUUUUUAAUUGAUAAUGAGCAUCAUCUCUAGUUGUUACUCUCUAUACUUUUUUGAAGCCAGUUUUCUUGAUCUUUGUAAUCAAAUUGUACUCUGUUUUUAUACUAAAUUUGCAUCGUUCCUGCAAGCAUUUUUCUCGAUAAAAAUUCAGUGUUACUAAAGAUUCCCCAACUUCAUUCCAAUCGUUGUUAUUAUUAUGGCAGAUACAUUCUAUUGCUCGUAUCUUUUUUCAUAAAAUCAAAUUAGCUUCUGUAAAGCUCUAAUUUUGUUCUACUACGCUUUUUGGAUUACUAUUCUGCACCUGUUAUUGGAAGUAAACUGUUCAGCGUUUAGUUCGGACUUGAAUCCAACUCUCCAGCAUAUAUGCGACACACGCAUCAGUUAAAAGAUUUGUUACAAUAUUUAACAAACUUGGUAUUUAAAUUAACCGAGAGAUACUGCCAUUACAAAUAUUUGCUGUUAUUUAUCACGUUUCUCGAAUCGAAACUGCUCUUCCUUACUCUUCUCUCGUCAUAUCAACAUCUUCAUGUAUCUCAUCCAAUUCAUUUAACUUGGUCAUCCUAUCUGGAGUCUUCACUCAAGCAAUUCAGUUCGCCUCACGCAACUUAUUGAAUCACGUCAUCUUUAUCAGAUCUUUGAUCCCACCCAAUAGCCCCCGCGCGACAGUCUCUCUGGGAAGGAGGCAGUGCUAGUCUUAAGGUUGUACAUAAAUCGGUGUCGCUUCUAUCGUGUGCCCAACGGUGAAUUAUCGACUUCCUGUCGUGGGAACUGCUUAGGAGCAAAUGUCAACCUGAUUAUGAUUUGUAAAAUGCAUAAGAGGCAAAUGUCAUGCAUGAUUCGGGAUGUCAACCUGACUAUGAUGUAUAAACUUGAAGUUAUAGCAACAUAUGCUCAUGGUUUCAAUUUAAUUGCGGGGAAAUAACCCGAUUUGGAUCACGUAUCUGUAAGCUGAAUAUUUAUUUGUCGUAAUUCAGAUAUGUAAUUCUUGUGAAUCCUUAGUGAAAGCUUUUGGAGGUAACUUGAUUAUUGGUUUCUUAGAGAAUUUUAAUCAGAUGUGAUUUCUGCAUCUCUAACUUCUGUCGAUCAGUGAUCUCGUGUGACGAUAACUGUAUCAACAGGAGUCAACUAAAGUUCGAACAUUUAGAAGUAAAAGCAGUGACCAUUUCUGUAGAUAUUGAUAUCACCGAUUAUGAA